GCGAUACAUCGACGCAUUCGACUAUAUUUCAUCGAGACAGACCCGACGACACCCUAUUGAUAUCCUUCGGGCUACAAUGGCUGAUAUCAAACCACCCUUUACGGAAGAAUCGGCGCGGAAGAAGGUCAAAGCGGCCCAGAACCUGUGGAAUAGCCAGGACCCCGUACGAGUUGCACAGGCGUACACUCCCACAUGCAUCUGGCGCAACCGCACCUCAUUCUUCGCUGGAACAGAUGGCAUAGUCGAGUUUCUGACUGCGAAGUGGAAGCGCGAGAAGAACUACCGACUGCGGAAGGAGUUGUUUUCGUUCACGGACAAUCGAAUUGCCGUGCAGUUCUGGUACGAGUUCCAGGACGCCGACGACGGACUGCGCUGGAAGCGCUGCUAUGGACUCGAGGAUUGGACGUUCGACCGGGAGACGGGGAAGAUGCGCAAGCGGAUGAUGAGUGGGAAUGAUGUCUUGAUUGGACCCGAUGGGAAUGGUGAAGGGAGGUGGUUUGUGGAUGGGCUGGAUGUGGAAGAUGCAGAGAUUGGGGAAGAGCAUUGGUGAGAUGAUGGGCGGUAGGCUGGAAAUGAAUGUUUAGUCAGUCGCUGUGAGGUCUCUCCAGGCUAUGACUAGGAGCUGGUUGUUGUGAAUGACGGACUUGAUAGGCAUGAUGUUUCCGCGCCCGCGGCCAAAUUGCAUGUGAGGAUUCUUUCUCGGUGCUGUCAAUCGGACCCUCCACGGCUCAGCAGAAGUGGAACCCCUAGCG